CGCCAGCCCGCACCCACCGACGGCGCCAUGGCCGCCCGGCAGCAGCUCGCUUUACUCAGCGUCUCUGACAAGACCAGCCUGGUGGAAUUUGCAAAGAGUCUGAAUGCUCUUGGCCUGGGUUUAAUUGCCUCUGGAGGAACAGCCAAAUCCCUGAGAGAUGCUGGCUUGCCUGUCAGAGAUGUUUCGGACCUGACAGGGUUCCCUGAGAUGUUAGGUGGACGUGUGAAAACCCUUCAUCCUGCAGUCCAUGCUGGCAUCUUGGCUCGCAAUAUUCCAGAAGAUAAUGCUGAUAUGAACAAACAGGAUUUCAGCCUUGUAAGAGUUGUAGUGUGUAACCUCUACCCCUUUGUGAAGACCGUGUCUUCUCCAGAUGUCACUGUACAAGAGGCAGUGGAAAAGAUUGAUAUUGGAGGAGUUGCCUUGCUGCGGGCAGCUGCCAAGAACCAUGCUCGCGUGACAGUUGUGUGUGACCCUGCAGACUACUCUGCAGUAGCUAAAGAGAUGGCGACGUCAAGGGACAAAGACACUUCCAUGGAAACCAGGCGUCACCUUGCACUGAAGGCUUUCACCCACACUGCUCAGUACGAUGCAGCCAUCUCUGACUACUUUAGGAAAGAGUACAGCAAGGGGGUGUCCCAGCUGCCCCUGAGGUACGGCAUGAAUCCUCACCAGAGUCCUGCGCAGCUCUACACCAUGAGAUCCAAACUUCCCCUGACAGUGGUGAAUGGCUCUCCAGGGUUCAUCAACCUGUGUGAUGCUCUCAAUGCCUGGCAGCUGGUGAAGGAACUCAAGCAGGCAUUAGGCAUUCCUGCUGCAGCCUCCUUCAAACACGUCAGUCCUGCAGGUGCUGCUGUUGGAAUACCUCUCAGCGAAGAGGAGGCACAAGUCUGCAUGGUGCAUGACUUCCACAAGACCUUAACGCCCUUAGCGUCUGCCUACGCACGAAGCAGAGGUGCUGAUCGGAUGUCGUCUUUUGGUGACUUUAUUGCCCUGUCUGAUAUCUGCGAUGUGGCUACUGCCAAGAUUAUUUCCAGAGAGGUAUCUGAUGGUGUGGUAGCUCCUGGCUAUGAGGAAGAAGCUCUCAAAAUCCUUGCCAAAAAGAAGAAUGGUGGUUACUGUGUCCUCCAGAUGGAUCCCCAUUAUGAGCCAGAUGACAGUGAGAUUCGAACCCUCUAUGGAUUGCAUCUGAUGCAGAAGAGGAACAAUGCAGUCAUCGACCGGUCAUUGUUCAAGAACAUUGUUACAAAGAAUAAAAACCUGCCUGAGUCUGCUGUCCGAGACCUGAUUGUUGCCAGCAUCGCUGUCAAAUAUACCCAGUCCAAUUCAGUUUGCUACGCCAAGGAUGGGCAGGUCAUAGGUAUUGGAGCCGGCCAGCAGUCCCGGAUCCACUGCACGCGUCUGGCUGGUGACAAGGCAAACAACUGGUGGCUCCGGCACCACCCACGCGUGCUCUCCAUGAAGUUCAAAGCGGGUGUGAAGAGAGCAGAGAUCUCCAACGCCAUUGAUCAGUAUGUCACUGGGACCAUUGGUGAGGAUGAAGACCUGGUGAAAUGGCAGGCGAUGUUUGAAGAGGUGCCUGCGCAAUUAACGGAAGCGGAGAAGAAGCAGUGGAUUGCCAAGCUGACUGCUGUCUCCCUCAGCUCCGAUGCGUUCUUCCCUUUUAGGGAUAACGUCGACAGAGCUAAACGGAGCGGAGUACAGUUCAUCGCUGCCCCAUCUGGCUCGGCUGCCGACGAGGUUGUGAUCGAAGCUUGCAAUGAGCUGGGGAUAACUCUCAUUCACACCAAUCUUCGGCUGUUUCAUCACUGAGUUUGCCGUGGGCUGUUGUGGUCCCUCUUUGGUCACAGUCUCACCAGCAGCAGUGACUGGAAUAUCACCAGCUUAAUUAGGAGGCACCUGCCGUCUGUGCUUAGCGAGUGUUCCUAAGAUCUGUAAAUGAGAUCUUUCCCUGUGUUAACAGAGAAUGAAGGUGCAAGAAGUUGGCCUUCAAUGUAGAAAUAAGUCUCUCUUGCAAAUAAACAUACGGUUCCUAGCUAUGUGGACUCUGUAGUCUUGUGUCAUCCAAAUACUGUGUCCUCAGGAAAAAAGGUUUAUUUUUGAGGUAAAUUUUGUGGUCCAAACUGUACUAAUUCAUUAGAAGGCCUAUGGAAUGGUGUGAAAGCCUGGCUUAUGCCCAACUUCUUAAUGAACUGAUAAAAAUCUGUGUUGUAAACUGAAC